AUGCAGUCCUGGGAUGCUGCAUUCUGCCUCAUAUUGUUCAGGCACAGAGUCCAACGUGCCUUAUUCCUGCUCUCUGUUGCUUCCCAGCAGCUCCAGCCGCAGCUUUCAAACACUGCUGCUUACGUCACGGCUGUGAACGUGAACCGGUCAACCAUCCCACUGGCAUGUGCAGCAGCUUCUUUGAAUUCUCCCAGCGUUACUCCUCCCUCUUUGGAGGGAGAUGUUAGUGGGAGAACUGUGAACGCUCACGCUGGAGCUCCUGCAUCUCCGGAGAAUGCUUUAGUAGCUGCUGGAAACGCUGCUGUCAGUAAACCAGACAAGGAUAGCAAGAAAGAAAAAAAAGGUUUGCUGAAACUGCUUUCUGGAGCAUCCACUAAACGCAAGCCCCGAUUGUCACCUCCAGCCUCACCAACACUGGAGGUUGAGCAAGCAGCAGCAGAGCUGGCCCUGCAAGGUGCAGUCGGGCCAGAACUUCCUUCAGCAGGCGGUCACAGCAAAGCUGGAUCCUGUCCUGCUGACAACGAGGUCUCUGCGCUGGCACAGGAGACGCUGCAUCGGAAAACUAGUUCUCUGGAUUCCAAUAUUCCCAUUGCGCCGCCUCCUCGGCAGCCUUGCUCAUCCCUGGGUCCAGUCCUGAAUGAAUCCAGGCCUGUUGUCUGUGAAAGGUGCAGGGUUGUGGUAUCCUAUCCUCCUCAGAGUGAAGCAGAACUUGAACUUAAGGAAGGUGACAUUGUUUUUGUACACAAAAAACGUGAGGAUGGCUGGUUCAAAGGCACACUGCAACGAAAUGGAAAAACUGGCCUUUUCCCUGGCAGCUUUGUAGAAAGCAUUUGAGAAGAUUCAUUCCAAGAGCUUCAAAUCAUACUGUACUGUAAAAUAGCACAAGUAUUUUACCAGAAAAAGCACAGUCAUGAAAUACUUUUAAAGGACUGUAAGAACAUUAUAUGUAUUUCUACGUUGUCUAUAGCACAAUUAUACCAGCGAACAAAGAAGGUGAAAGCAUCUGCUGGUUUUAUCACUUUGGAUUCUUAAGUGUGAUGUGUGCCUUGUACUGUCUGAUUUACUAUAUAGAGGAACUUUUUUUUCCAAGUGUGUUACAUAAAUGAGCAAUUGUUUACAAGGCUGUAACUAAUUUAUUCUUGUUUUUUUAAAAACUUGAAUUUUAUGUAAUAGCUACAAUUCUUGUGAUUAUGAUUUUAACAAAUUAUUAAUUUAUGAAAGAAUAACUAAGGGGAAGCUGGAUUCUCUCCUUAUGAGCAAGCGAUUAUAUCUGAUAAAGAGCCUCCCACUUACCCUCUAGACGUUCUUCCCCUGCUGUGUCUGACCAGUGGAGUAAGUCUCUGUUUUAUGAGUUAAUGUUGAGUGGUAGUGAUGUGGCGUCAAAUAGAAUUUGCCAAGCGGGGAAAAAAUGUAUGUUUUGUUCUUAGGACAGAGGAAAAAAAAGUCAGUGGUGUUCUUGAGUCUAGUUCUACUUCAUAAAUCACCCGAGUAGAGUAAUGUUUCCAGGAGGUGAAGAUGUAAGUGAGCAACUGAAAAAAAUUCAACCGUCUUACAGUUAGGACCAUCUCAAGGUUAGGAAGGCAGAAAUUAAAAGUGCCAAUAAGAAAUUCCCUAUAUCUUCUGUUUAUAUAGGAAUUUGGCUGUUUGAACAAAGCUUAGCUUUGUAUAUAUGGCCGAUUCUCUGGGCAUUUACCUCUCAGGAGCCAACAAAAUUGGAAGGAAUGUUAAAGCCCAACACUUAGAAUGGUGAUAGCUUCAAAACACCUUGGAUAAGACUGAAUAUAAAAAUAAAAUUCUAAGUUGUACUUAAUGUCUAAAAGCGCCUAAGUGUAAUUUGCUAUGUUUUCUUCUCAAACUGAUCUGCAUGGCCAAGAGAUGUUUAAAAUGUCUGAGCAAUAGUGGUGGUGAGUGAUGCACUUGUGUUAAAAGUAAAAAGCUGUAUGAAACACUGUGAAAACUUUACUAACUUCUUAACCAUUGCUACUUUGGUAUGUUCUGACUUUUUCUUUGUCUUGCAUGUCUUACUCAAUUCUUGCAGUAAUAUAACUGUGCAUGAUUUACAUUUUUCAUUCAAAUUUCCAUUUACUGGGUUAUUUCACUCUGAAAGUUUCCCGAAAGCCACUUGACCAAAACUAGUGAGCAUCUCACCUUCAACCAGAGAAGGUGUCCAGUGUUUGAAUCGUUAAUAAAAUAUCAUAAUGUCCUUGCAGCUGACAGAUAUAAAGAAUGAGACCUGCAAGAAAAGUGAUGUUAGUCUUUCAGGGUUUUGUUAGAGAUUUGACACUGGCAAACACACUACUCAGCCAAGUUUGUUUUUUAUAUUAUUGUUUGAUUAUAGCAGUCUAAUUGUGAUUCUUGCAAGACACUGAGCACCAUCAUCUCCAGUUAAAUCUCACGAGAUUUGGCUGUUGCUCAGCACUUUACCAAGGGAAGGCAGUAGUGUGAUUCCAUAUCACGUGAUACACAGAAGCGGUGAUGAACAAGUAUGCAGUGAUGUAUUAAAUCCUUAUCAUUUUAUUUUGUUUGAAGUUAUAUGUUGAAAAAUAUCAAAUAUUAAUGACAAGGAUUUCUUGCAAUAUCAGGUAGUAUCAUAAUGGUCUUAAAAAUAAGAAAAAAAUAUAUCUAUAAAUAUAUAUAGUUGAAAAUGACAGCAUUCCCAAAUUAGCUGUGUCUCUGAAACACUGUAUAAUUCAGCCUUUGUGUUUUUAAAUAUUUUUAAAUAGUUUACUUGAAUAUUCAUGUAAUAUAUAAAGGUUUUGUGAAAUGAAUUUUAGUUAGAAAGAAGCUGAUAUCAGCUUUUGUCAGCAUAAAUUGACACUAGUGUGUCAUAAUAAUCUUAUUUUGGAAGAUUUAGUGCAUUUUAUAUUAAAGACUACUAAAGGUUAAUUUUUUUCUAUCUCUAUUCUCCAUAUUUUAAACUAAGUGACUAAGGUACCUCUGUUAAUAGAAUUUCCUGGUGUAAAGUCAGUUAAAAUCAGCUGUUAAUUCAAUAGUUCUGUUAGAUGGAAUACAUUAAAUGAUUUUUUUUUAACAUUAAAUAAAUGUUUGUAAAAAGGGCUUAUUGCAGAGCAGUGCAACAAUGACAAAAAUGCAGUUUAUCAUGCCUUUCUUGUGAUCUUUUGAAGUUUUUUUUUGUUUUGGCUUGGGAUUAAUUCAGUGUAGAAACAGACAAACCCUGUGCAUUUGCUUUGUGUAAUUCCAUUAAAAAACUUUUGUAAGAUAUUUUAUAUCUGUUUGAAGUCCAGUGAAUGUUAAGUGUUUGAUUUACUAUGUAAAACUUUCAAUCCUAAUAAAUAUUUUCUUAGCAAACAA